AUGUGUUUUGAAGCACUUGAUCGGACACUCAGAGAUCUUAUGUCAGUUACUGAUCAACAUAAGAUACAACAAUCAUUUGGUGGUAAGGUUGUGGUUCUAGGAGGUGAUUUUAGACAAAUACUUCCGGUGAUUCCGAAAGGGAGUAGACAUGAUAUAUUGUCACCAGCUAUUAACUCAGCCCAUCUGUGGUCGUUCUAUUACAGGUAUUUUCAUAGUAGCGCAAUUCUUGCACUCAUGCUUGAGAGUGUCGAGAAGGUAAACGAUUUCAUUUUGACAAUUUUUCCAAUGAUAGAAAAGGAGUAUCUAAGUUCUGACACAUGUCAAGCUGAUGAGAAUGAAGGUUUAUGCAACGGGAUAAGAUUAAUAGUUAACGAACUUCGCAACAACGUAAUUGGGAGUGACGGAAGUGGCUGUAGAAAUAUUGGCGACAAAGUGUACAUUUCAAGAAUGAACUUGAUCCCUUUAGAUUCAGGAUUGCCAUUUAAGUUCCAACGGAGGCAAUUUCCAUUAGCAGUGUGCUUUGCAAUGACCAACAAGAGAGUCAAGGUCAAUAAUAAUUAUCACAUGUAG